AGUCGUGGAUUAUGAGAAGUGGGUGGCCUCGGAGUUCUGCAAACCUUCUGUCUGCGACCUGACUGCUGCUGUAAUGAAGAAGAAAACUUGUACAAUCGCUCGGCUUCUGGCUGAAGUAACUGGAAAAGGCACCACCGUGGAUAUCCAAGAUUUGAUUCAAAGGGCGACAUUGGAUGCGAUCGGAAAAGUGGCGUUUGGAGUAGACUUUCCCUCUCUGCCAUCUGCUCUUCCAAAGCCAUGGCCACAUAUCGCGUUCGCUUCGUCUUUGGACUUGGCCACCAGCAUCGCGGUCAAGCGCUUCAGUGAUCCUUUCUGGGAGCUCAAGCGUUACUUGAACAUCGGACCUGAGCGCCAAAUGCAGGUAGUGGAUGGGUUUACCUUUAGCGUGACUGCUGACAGAAAAGCCGAGCUCGAGCAUCUUCAUGGGCAAGUCUACGAUCUGGCUCACGCCGAAGGAUUACUGCGGCAUAUCGUCAUCAACUUCGUGAUCGCCAGUCGGGAUGCUAUUGGGGUGACACUCACGUGGCUUGUCUACGAGCUGAACUGUGAGAUCUGGAGACAAUUCGAAUGUGAAUGUUCGGUGGAGCAGUAUUGGGAUGUCCACCUGCAAGACGAGGACUACAUUCGCUGGAUGGACUCACAAAUUCACCCCAGGGACAUAGAAGAAGACGACACACUUCUAGGAGGAGACGUCUUCAUAAGCAGCCAGAAAGGAAACGUAGUCUUCAUUGCACCAUAUUCUAUUGCUCGAAUGACGUCUAUCUGGGGUCCGGAUGCUGCACUGUUCAACCCAGAUCGUUGGCUGCAGAGUGGCAAACUGGAGCCACCAUCUGACAGCAAGUUCCUGACGUUCCAGGCGGGUCUUUAUACUGGCGGUGUGAAAGAUUUGACUUUCCAGAGUUGCAAGGUAGCAGAAGCUAUUCUGGUUCGGUUUCUUGAAUUUAUCCGCGCGUGUCCCGUCAAUAGUCCUCCCGAAUAUCGUAUUACGUCCACCUUGGUGAUGGAGAGCGGCCUUCAAAUGUAUCCUCGUUUGAAGGACAAAAUUGGAGCUACUAUUCAGUAGCGAUGUUAGUUGUGGAGGAACGCCUGUUAGUUCCAGUUUGAAUAGGCUUCUGGUUGGUGGUUACAUG